GAAGUGACGCGCAGAGCGGAAGCCGGCGGCGCGUGGGGAGGAUGCAGGCGGGCGGCGCUGCUGCGGCUGGCGGCGGGGGAGGCUUCGGGCCCGGCCUGGCCGAGGUGGGCCCCUUCGGCUGGUACCCGCCGCCCCUCCGCGCGCCGCUCUUCUGCCCGCCGCCUCCUCCCUGGGAGCCCGCCUUCUGGCCGCCGCCGCCGCACGAUGGAUACGCCCCGCCGCCGCCGCCGUGGUACCCGCCCGCCUACCGGGAGCCCCCGCGGGGGCCGCAUGCUGGUGGGAAUGGUAGUUUUCCUCACGACUGGCAAGGAGAGCAAGCGCCCGCGUUCUGUAAGCGGUCUUCGGGUGGAAAUGCUAAGCAGAAGAAUAAAAAGAAAAAGGAGCCAGUUUUCUCCCACUACUGCGAUACCUGUGACCGUGGCUAUAAAAACCAGGAGAAGUAUGAUGAACAUGUUUCACAACAUACACAGUGCACAGAAGAAGGCUGCAAUUUCAAUGCCCACGAGAAGUUGGUUCAGAUUCACUGGAAGAAUGUACAUGGACCUGGUGCUAAAAGAAUAAAAUUAGAUAGUCCGGAAGAGAUUGCUAAAUGGAGAGAAGAAAGGAAAAAAAAUUUUCCUACUUUAGCGAACAUUGAGAAGAAGAAGGUGAUGCAGAUGGAGAAGGAAGAAAGGGGAGAAGUUCUGACUACCCCACAGUUUGGCAAGAUGAAGGGGAUGUGGAAAGCUGAAGAUGAGAGGCCUGGGCAGCAAGGAAGGCAGAGGAGGAAACAGAAGCGCCAGUUCUGGAAGAAAUUUAAGAAAAAUGGUGGCGAUGAUAAGGUACCAUCACAAAUAAAUCAAAACGAAGCUAAUGGACCGGAGAACAGCACGUGUGAGAAAGAACAGGAAAAGCAGCCUGUUUUGGAGGCUCAGCCAUGCAUGAAGGACGUGGACCCUCUCAGUCUUCUGGCAAACAGUGAUGUUGAGUCUGACAAGGAUGAAGAAGCAGCUGAAGAUGGGAAGCUGGGGAUGACAGUUGUUCCCAAGCAGGUCACUUCAGCCCUGAGUUCAUUGUCAGCCAACUACGGCAGUGCCUCUGAGAGUGAGCCUGAAGAAGUCUCUGUCAGGAUUGCAACAAAAGCUGAGGAAAAACAGGCUGUGCUCAGAAACACGCCUCAAACUCCUGAAGCUCAUCAGAAUCCAAAGCUGAAUCAAGAACAUCCAGAAUCUGUGGACACAACGUUGAGAACCUCAAAUACAAACGCGGGUUCCCCCAGAGGCCCUGAUAAACGGGCCAAGAAAACGUUACCUCUCCUUCCAAAGCGUCGCCCCACCCUGCUGGAAAUGUUGCUGGCCCAGGACAUCCGACAUGAAAGGAAUGUUAUCCUGCAGUGUGUUCGGUACAUCGUACGGAAUGACGUGUUUGGACUCUUCUUAAAAGCAGAACCCGAAGCUGGAACAGAGACUGGCCAGCCCUCUAAAACUACAGCAGAGACUUUGACAGACAAAUGUGAUGGAUCUGAUCGUUCCUGUAGCUCUGACCUUCAGUUAGCAGGAGGAGAAAAAGAUGAAUUAACAGCCUGUGGUGAGGAAGCACCCGUAGAUCAGCCAUCACAGAUAACUCACCCAGCAGAUGAGGAGACGUGGGAAGCCCCAGCAAUUCAGUGUGAAGAAGCACUGUAGGAGAUAUCUGUGCUGGACAAUAAAGCAAAGGCUCAGCUUUUCUACCCGACACUUCUGAAAGACAUCGGUCUAACAAAAUAAGGUGUAUACUGAGAACUCUUAAAACCAUGUUUCUGUUCUGCCAGAGGUCCACAUUUCCUUGUGAGAACAGCAGCUGCGCUGGGUAAUUGCAUUUCCCCAUGGCUGGAAAGCAGCAGUGACACAGGGUGAGCUUCCCUAGAGUAGGUGUGGAUCCCUGCUUCGGAGCUUCAUUGCUCUGUGCGUUUUCCUUUGAUGUGGAUGGCAUCAGUCCAUCAACAGAGCCAAAGCAGUGCUAGGGUGGAUCUCCCUUAUGUGAAAUUCUGGCCUAGAGUGUUUGUGAGUAUCUGAGUGUCUAAAAUUAGUUGAAUGUUCCUCUGAAGCGGUACCUGCUGCAUUUUUUCAUGUUAUUGGUCAAGUAUAAAUGAAGAGACAACUGACCUGGCUCUAAAAGUACUGCUUGCGCCAGGAGUCUCCCCUUCUCUGAACUAAUUGAGUUGAGCAGAGAAACAGAAAUAAGGGUGCAGACUGAUGCAAGAUCCUCCUUUAAAAAAUAUAUAUUAAAAAAAGUAACCACUUAACUGCUUGUGUCACUGCUAGAUUGAUGUUUGACCUCAGGUACCCACUGCUAAAUCACAGGCCUUAACUCCUGUUGUUACCAGACAGAUUUAACUCCUGAAGCAAGCUCUUGGUGUUGAGAGCUCUAGGUUUAACUUCUCGAAAUUUGAAAAGUUUACUAAGUUUCUUGUUUGUCCCUCUUUAAUAUACUUGAGGAAUUUCUUAGUCUGGAGAAAAGUCUUCCUUGGCACACUGUUCUGAUUGUUAUACUGUUUGUAUGUUAUCUCAUGGUUUUCCAUGAAUCUUGCACCCUUCUGUGUGGCUGUACAUACAUGAACGGUUGUGAACAUGAAGGGAAAAAGCAAACCAAAACAAAGCAAACCAAUUAGCCAAGGUUUAGAAACGAGUUCAGUCUUAACACUGCAUUUGAGUCCUUGUGCAGGUGUUAAUUUCACACUGACAUGGAAACUGUGUCAUGAACAUGAUCUAUUACAAAUCCUCCACUUCAAAAUGUUUUGCUGCACUUCAUCUUCUAGUCAUGGUUAAAUGUUGGAGAUUGAUUACCUUCUCAGGGAUUGAUUUUAGUUGUUUUUUUGGGGGUAGGAGUCUAGCCUUCAAUUCCACCACCUCAAACAGACUCACGUGGCUCUUUUUUUGUUGUUGGUUAACUGUAUUUUGUCCUCUAAUUCCUUAACUUUUAACCCGUGCCAUACAUCUCAUCCGUGGCGUAUAGAAAAUGAGAAAUAGCUGAGAACUGUCCCACUGCUCUGCUCUUUGUGGCUACAACUGCAUAUUGUGUCUGUAAUGCACUAAAUUUAUGGAAUUACAUAAAUAUCAACACCCUUGUACAAGUUGCGUGUCUCAAGAAUGUGUAAAUAGACUGGAGCAGUGAUCACAAACAUAUUUCCAGGGCAGAUGAUUCAUUCUUCCCAUGAUGGUCCCACAAAGCCACCUCAAUCACACUGACUUGGGUACGGCUCUCAGAUCUUUACUGCCUUGGAAAUAGCAGCAGGGGACUCGGCCACAGAGAUUUGGCACUCGGGCAGAACCUGAUUUCUGAGGGGAUCGGUACCAGCGCUGUCGAACACAUGGGUAACAACUGCACGCAUGCAGGAAAAGGAAACAGAGGUGUUGGAAUUGCCAUGAAACUGCACUUUAAUCAACCCUGAAUGUGCUUCUAUCCCUGUCGAGUUGAUGGCGGAGCUUUCUCUGACUGUAUGCUCUGCCCUGUGUAAAAAAAAAAAAACAAAACAAAAAA